AUGACGCGUCUCAAGAACGGAACCCCCGUCAUUACAGCUUGGAUUGACAAGGACUGCCAGGAGGGCACCUUCGUCUGCGAGGAUCGUUCGUGCAUCCCACGAAGGUGGCGAUGCAAUGCUGUGUCAGACUGCUUCAAUGCUACGGAUGAGCACGGCUGUGAUGGCUGCCCGGAAGGCUUCUUCUUCUGUAGCGAAAAGAAGUGCAUUGAGAGUUAUCGCGUUUGUGACGGAGAGGCGGACUGUGCCCACGGGGAGGACGAAAAUAAAUGUGAAGAGAAGAAAGAGGACGCCUGCGAAGGCUUCCAGUGUCUCUCGGGCCUCUGUCUCCAUUCGACUUUCUUCUGUGACGGCAUCUACGAUUGCGACGAGGGAGAGGACGAACUCUUGUGUGUGACGAAAGACGCAGUUGCGCACGAGUUUCGACAGUUUUGCAGCCGGUAUUAUACAUCUUUGCUCGAGAUACACAAUGAAACCAGAGACUUCGCUGCUCGUCGGGGCAACCAAGAGUGUCCUCUAGAUGAUUAUAACGAAACAGCAUCCUGGAGCCCAAUGUGCAGUAGUGAGGUAUUUUGUGACAAUUUUGGAUGUUACGACUACGAAUUGAAGAAAUACUUGGAAUUCAGAAGCACUGAAUACGAUGCCAUCUGUGCAUAUUGUACAGGAGAUUUCAACUGCUGGAGGAAAGAUUGGGUCGACUCCUGGGAACAGAGCUCCCUGGACGAGUACCAGUUAGGUUGGAUUCUCAAAAAAAAGCGGUCUGACUUCCGGGACAUCACCAGUCUUUACGAACCGACCACCGAGGUCCUUGAGGAUGCUUCCAUACCAAAGGAGGACUUCAUUUUCUCCUGCAAUUUCGAUGGGAAAUCCUGCAACGAUAAGGAUUUCUAUGAAUGGAUUGACCGCAAAUAUGGAAAAUGCUACACAUUUAAUUACUUCCAGACUAAUAAGAGCAUCAAAACAUUGAUGGAAGCAGGACCAACCCAUAACCUGCAAGUGGACGUCAACUUGUUCAACGGAUUGUUUAUAGUGUCGCCAGCUCUCGGGCUUCGAGUGAUCCUACACAGCCCUCGAAGGCUGCCGUUUCCCGACGAGGAGGGAUUCAACGUAGGCAACGAAUUCAUCUCCGUCAGCGUGUCCAGGACAGUCAUUGAACACUAUGGUGAAGACUACGGCUUUUGUAGAGGCCUUGAAAAAGACGAAUUUCCUGCUUAUUCUCAGAUGCUCUGUAAGAAACUAUGCAAGGAAAGAGAAUACCGAAAGCUGUGUGGUUGCGCAGUGAACACCGGUCCCAAUUACCUACAGCUGGAUUCGGCCGGAUCCGGAUCCGGGGAGGGCAGUGAGGAACCCAGGAAUCUCUCCCUGUGCUCCAACUUCAAUAUCCAGCAGAAAGUCUGCAAGGCCGUCGUCGAUGUUCGCUACAAGACGAAGAAACUAAAUUGUGAUUGUCCACCUGCGUGCAGGGAAGAGUUGUACAAGCCCCAGGUGACGUCAGCCAUGCUCAGUUACAAAUACCGCACGGUCCUACAUAACUACAGGAAGAAAAUUGACACUCUCUGUAAGCCCAUGACAGGGACGAUGGUGAGUCUGCAAGUGUAUUUAGAUUCGCUCAGCUAUGAAGUGUUUUAUGAGUCUCCUUCUUUCACGAGGUAA